AUGGCCCCUCGUAUUGAACAAGACCUUGAACAAGCCCAAAACAAAGAGCAAAACCAGCAGAGCCAGGUCAAGUCUCUGGAACCUUCCGGUUCCCCCGUAGUAUUCAAUGAAGACCUUGAAGUUCCCAUGGGAGUAUCCGUUAGCAAGACACAAGAAGACUCCAAGGAGAGCACCCGGAAGAUCAGCAAUGUUACAAUCGGCGCCUUGAUUAUCUGCGUCCUGAUUGCAAUUGUGGUGGCUGUCUCCUUCGCUGUAACAUUGUAUAGAUACGACGUGCAAUUAUCGGCUGAAGAGGACGAGCAACUCCUCAAGCCAUUUGGAUUUGGAGAGGAUGAUUUGAUUGCCAAUGACGACGCUCUCAAUGGAACUGCAUGGUUGGCGUGGGACAACAGUACCAACGCCGAUGGGAUAUAG